CAACAAAUCCCGAGACUAGAAUUAUAAGAUAUCAUCUGGCUAAGAAUCCCAACCGUCGAUAUUCACUACCUAAGUACCCUGAAUUAAUAACCAAUAGAAUCAUGUCCGAUACCCCAGAUCUCUCCCUGCCUGUUAAGUCACCAGAAUACGACAACAACACCGCUUUGACACCAGCACCUAUCUAUACUCUCGUCGACCUAACCGACACGGAGCUCGCAGACCUCCAGCGUGUAUGCGAAGCUGAGUGCAUAGACACGGGCAAUGAACCUGGAGCCAACGUGCGCAUUGCCCCGCAGCCACGCUUCAUCGGCCAGCCCCUGCGCGCCGUCUUCGACCACCACCUCGAACUGGUGAAGGAGAAGAAGUUUGAGCCUAGGUGGUUCAUCGCCGUCGCCGACAAGGAGUGGCGAAGCAAGGGCGUCAUACUAGUAACGCUAGACGACGACGAGCUCGAGCGCAACGUCGACUCGUUCCGCAUUAGGGCUGCGAAUACCGGCUUGACGGUGGCGAAUCUGCAGGUUGCGAAUUCUGACUGGGCGGAGGAGAAAGAGAACUACGAGUUCGAUCUAGAUGGCGACGACGAUGAUGAUGAAGAUUAGCAAAUCAAAAAGUCCCUCCUAGGCUACUACAUUCCCCAUCCACAUCCACACGAGCCUAAACGAAGACGAAGCCGUGGCGAACCUGGAGCCGGGGUUCGAGUUCAAGCCGCCAGAACGAUGCGCCUGCCGCAUCCAAGCCAAACUCACCCCUCCGCCCUCCUCUCCUACCCCGCACAUGCACACGACGCACACUCAAAACACGGUCGAGCAGGCUGCUGCCCUGCAUUUCACGCGCCGCGCAGCGACCCGACAUCUGCCCCCAACGCACAUCCCUCGUUGCCGACACGGCCGACCCCGACGAGUACGGCUUGCUGAUAUCAGGUCGAGGUGCCGCCCCCGCCACAUCCGCAUCCCCUAGGUACACGUGCCCACUCAGGCCUGAAAACCCCGCUUCCUGCCCAUCACAUCCCUCCCUGGCUGGCCCUCCACCACCGCCGCCCCGUCUUCCUCGUCUUUUCCUGCAAAAAAAAAAAAAAAAAAAAAGAAAGAAAAAAGCAUGCACACGCGCUCGACC